CCUCGUCGUCCACCGAGUCGUUUUCGUCGACUUUGUCAUUCCCUAGACCGGCAGGCUCCGCUGGUCUUGUCUAGACGCAACGUCGCACGCCCAUAGGAACGUGCUGCUUGAUUCUAGCCGCCAACACCGACUCGACGUCGCUUUAUCCUUUCACUAGCUUUCUCAACAGCCUCCAUACCACCAGACAUGGCUACUCUUCACCCUCCGAGCCCCAGUCCUUCUCCUGGUCCUGCUGGAGGCAGGUCUCCCAACUUCCGCGCCUCGAUGGGCCCAUCUGCCCGUCCGUCGGUGAAUUCGCCGGGUCUGUCAGCAUCCCCUCGCCCUGGAGGGAUUUCGGGUGCUAGACCUACUAGUGAGCUCCUGGGUAGCGCUACUUUCUUGCAGACCCCCGAAGCGGAUCAAAUCGACAAAUGGUUCGAAACUUUCCAGAAUUAUGAAGCGACGCUGGAAGAAAUGGCUGCUGCCUCUUUGGACGUCAACUUUAAGGAAGAAUUGAGUGCCAUCGAGCAAUGGUUCAAGGUCUUGUCGGAAGCCGAGCGCACAGCCGCUCUUUACAGUCUUUUGCAACAUUCUACUCAAGUUCAGAUCAGGUUCUUUAUAACCGUUCUGCAGCAAAUGUCAAGGUCGGACCCGAUGACGGCUCUCUUGAGCCCUGCUGUUGGCAGCUCCAUGCAGAGCCAAAUGGAAGCGAAGCUUGCCAGUAUGAACUUGAAGUCCCCUGGGCUCAAGUCUGGCCUGCCAGCAUCGCCGACAGCGCGCAAUUUCUCGGCCAAUCGACCUUCUCUCAAUCUCGAAACCAGCGCGAACGGUUACCUAUCUCCUGACACGGCGAACUUACCCUCUGCCGGAGGGAACGACCCUGCGGCUACUCUUGCUCAGCAGCGUGCUAAGCUGAAGGCGGCAAGCAAUGCUGCUCACCGUAUCAGUGCCCCUGCUUUGGGGACUGGCGUAGACAGCCGCACGUGGGGAUCGGGUUCAAACCAUUUGGGACAAGUCGAUGAGCGUCCUUCUUCUCCUGCGCAGGAAGUUACUCUACCAGCUCCCAACACCGCUUCUCGCCCGAAAAGCACCGACUUCUCCGGUGUGGCUAAUGCAUUCAAGUCACCGAAGCUGGACGACGGUCUGUCUCCCAUGGUUGGAGACAGCUGGGCGAGCAUGGUCAAUACUCCCCUCAUGCCGAUGUUCAAGAAUACCCGCGAUCCCGCCCAGAGCCUCGAUGCCGCUGCUGCUAAGCUAACUGAUUGGACGACGAAUGGAGGAGGCGUGCCUUUAAUUUCCGACCCGCCGAAGAAACUCAACCGCCUAUCGAGAGGCAGUACUGGCCCUAGCAACACGAAUGGGAGUGAUAGCGUGUACGGCGACGAUGGGAACCAUGGACCGCAGCAGCACGGGCAGCGCAACGUCUCUGGCAGCAUGAGGAACGCCAGCGGGCCUGGCAAUGGUCACGCGUUCGGAGGACAAGGAUUCAACAACAUACGGAGCCCGGGGCUCUCUCAAGGCAGGAUCAAUGACGAGGCGAAUCUCAACGGUCUGGGGAUGGCAGGAUUUGGAUUAGGAAUGGGUAGCCCCGGGUUGGGUAUGGGCAUGUCGGGCGCAGGUGGCCUCGGGAUGGCUCCGUUUGCGGGUAUGCCGAUCAGCCCAUUCGGCAACGUCUUCAACAUGCAACAGCUCGCCGCGAUGGGUAUGUCCCCCGAGCAGCAGCAACUGCUCGCAAUGCAGAUGGCCGCCGCCGCCGGCCAGCUCGGCUUCGGCAUGGGAAUGCACCCGCAGGCCUCGCCUGGCGCGCGCAGCGGACGCGGCCUGGGCAGCGCGCGCUCGGUCAAGUCCCCUAGUGUGCGUGACUCGAAAAAGGAUGAGGAGGAGGUAGACCCGAAGCUGCUGGAUGACGUGCCCGGGUGGCUGCGGAGCUUAAGGCUACACAAGUAUACGCCGAACUUCGAAGGGAUGCACUGGCGUGACAUGGUGGCGAUGGACGAGGCAGCACUGGAGGCGAACGGCGUCGCGGCGCUGGGGGCGCGCAGGAAGAUGCUCAAGACAUUUGAGCUGGUGCGCAAGAAGAUGGGUAUUGAUGCCCCGGCGAGCGCGAGUGCGUCGACGAGCGGCGUGAAUGCCUAAACACAAUGUGCAGGGCUGGUGAUAUGUUGCGCGUGUUACAUGAAUGACACGCUCGACUCGUCAAGUAUAUGGAACUAUGCGGCCCCAUGUGUCAGCAUUCUCGUCUUUCUUUACUCUGCUCUUUCUCUUGGCGGUGCGCUCUGCAUCUGUACCCUUUACAGACCACGGUGUAUCGAGUGAUUUUCUCACCAAUGCCGGUGAAGCGGUCGUGAUUGUCUCGUUAGUAUGUACAUUUAUAAUCCCCCCAAUGUACCCAGGUUUAUCUAUUCAUUUCAAACUCACUCACCCGCAGGCGCAUCCGAUUUAGUACAU